AUGGCCAACACCCCCCACGGCGGCGUCCUCAAGGACCUGCUCGCCCGCGAUGCCCCUCGCCAGAGCGAGCUGGCUGCCGAAGCCGAGACCCUGCCCUCGCUGCUGCUGAGCGAGCGUCAGCUGUGUGAUCUGGAGCUGCUGCUGACCGGUGGCUUCUCGCCGCUCGAGGGCUUCAUGACCGAGAAGGACUACAACGGCGUGGUCAAGGACAACCGCCUCGCCGACGGCGCGCUCUUCAGUAUUCCCAUCACGCUGGACGUGAACGAGGCGACCAUUGCAGAGGUCGGCAUCAAGCCGGGCGCCCGCAUCACGCUGCGCGAUCUGCGCGACGACCGCAACCUGGCCAUCCUGACGGUCGAGGACGUCUACCGGCCCGACAAGGCGCUCGAGGCCAAGGAGGUGUUUGGCGGCGACCCGGAGCACCCGGCCGUCAAGUAUCUGAACGAGACCGCAAAGGAGUUCUACGUCGGCGGCAAGCUCGAAGCCGUCAACCGCCUGCAGCACUACGACUUUGUCGACCUGCGCUACACCCCGGCCGAGCUCCGCUCGCACUUUGACAAGCUCGGCUGGACGCGCGUCGUCGCCUUCCAGACGCGCAACCCCAUGCACCGCGCCCACCGCGAGCUGACUGUGCGCGCGGCCCGCUCCCAGCAAGCCAACGUGCUGAUCCACCCUGUCGUCGGCCUGACCAAGCCGGGCGACAUCGACCACUUCACCCGUGUGCGCGUCUACAAGGCGCUGCUGCCCCGCUACCCCAACGGCAUGGCCGUGCUGGGUCUGCUGCCGCUGGCCAUGCGCAUGGGUGGCCCCCGCGAGGCCAUCUGGCACGCCAUUAUCCGCAAAAACCACGGCGCCACGCACUUUAUUGUCGGCCGCGACCACGCCGGCCCCGGCAAGAACAGCCAGGGCGUCGACUUCUACGGCCCGUACGAUGCCCAGCACGCCGUCGAGAAGUACCGCGAGGAGCUUGGCAUUGAGGUCGUGCCCUUCCAGAUGAUGACCUACCUGCCCGACAGCGACGAGUACGCCCCCGUCGACGAGGUCAAGGCCGGCACCCGCACCCUCAACAUCUCUGGCACCGAGCUGCGCUCGCGCCUGCGCUCGGGCCGCGAGAUCCCCGAGUGGUUCUCGUACCCCGAGGUCGUCAGCGUGCUGCGCGAGUCGCACCCGCCGCGUGCCCGCCAGGGCUUCACCGUCUUCCUGACGGGCUACACCAACAGCGGCAAGGACCAGGUGGCCCGCGCCCUGCAGCUGACCCUCAACCAGCAGGGCGGCCGCUCCGUGUCGAUGCUGCUGGGCGAGACCGUCCGCGGCGAGCUGUCGUCGGAGCUGGGCUUCAGCCGCGAGGACCGCGCCCGCAACAUUGGCCGCAUCGGCUUCGUCGCCAGCGAGCUGACUCGCUCGGGUGCCGCUGUCAUUGCCGCUCCGAUUGCGCCGUACGAGGAUGCGCGCCAGCACGCGCGCGACCUGGUCGCCAAGCACGGCGACUUCUACCUGGUGCACGUCGCCACGCCCUUAGAGUACUGCGAGCGCACCGACAAGCGCGGCAUCUAUGCCAAGGCCCGCCGCGGCGAGAUCAAGGGCUUCACGGGCGUCGACGACCCGUACGAGGCCCCCACCAAGGCCGACCUGGUUGUCGAUCUGGAGAAGCAGUCGGUGCGCGCCGUCGUCCACCAGAUUAUCCUGCUGCUCGAGAGCCAGGGCCUGCUGGACCGCUUCUAA